AUGCCGAACCCCGUGCGCGAAGACAUUACCACUAGGGACGAGACCUCGUUCGCCUACAUUUUCGAGCAGAAUGUAACAAUCGCCCUGAAGGACAAGUCUGGUCUUGUUAGAUGCAAUGUAUACCGACCAAAGGGAAGCGAGAAAUCGCCUGUCCUGGUAACAUAUGGGCCUUACGGCAAGGAUAUCCCCUACGCCGACUUCCAUCCAAAGUCCUUCAGCGAAGUUAACCCAGAACACCACUCCCCACACUCCGCUUGGGAAACGCCAGAUCCUGCUUUCUGGACAGAGCAUGGGUAUGCUGUUGUACGGGCAGACGAGCGAGGCACAGGCCAGUCCCGCGGAAAGCUCGAUACCAUGUCGCGCGAAACCAGCGAGGCGUUUUUCGACGUUGUUGAAUGGGCCGCGGAACAGCCGUGGUCAUCCGGGAAAGUUGGUCUGCUUGGGAUUAGCUACUACGCUGGGAGCCAGUGGCGUGUUGGUGCUAGACAGCCAAAAGGACUGGCUUGUAUGAUCCCCUGGGAGGGGAUGUCGGAUUACUACCGUGACCGAUGUCGACAUGGAGGGAUCUUGUCGAAUGCAUUUAUCAAGUUCUGGUGGGACCGCCAGGUUGUGAGUAACCAGUACGGACGACCUGGGCGAUCUGCUCGCAACUGGGGGGUUGAUACAAUUGAGGGCGAUUUGCCGGAGGAGGAGCUGGUUGCGAAUCGACAGGACCAAACGAUUGACAACGUGGAGAAUAAUUUCAGGGAUGACCUUUACUACGCGAGCAAGGAGUACACCAUGUCUGAUAUACAGGUCCCCCUACUGUCCGUAGCCAACUGGGGCGGCAUUCUCUUGCAUCUGCGAGGCAAUGUCGAAGGCUACACGCAGGCAGGCAGCGAGCUCAAAUACCUCCGCUUCAUCACCGGCCGCCACGACCUACCUUUCUACUACAAGGAAGAAGUUGAAAUACAGCGAAGCUUCCUGGAUGCCUUCCUGAAGGGUGAGGACCGCGCCGGCUGGUCCACAGGCACAGCACCAAAAGUCGACCUCGUCCUCCGCAAAGGAGACGUAGGAUUCAACAACGCCGAGUCGGAGAAAACAUACCCGCGCCGCCAGGAGACUGAAUGGCCAAUCGCCCGCACGCAGUACACGCGGUACUACCUGACAUCGCAAAAAGAGCUGGCCCUGACCCCGCCCAAAGAACGGUACACCAAACUCAGCUAUCCUGCGCUGGGCACAUUGGAAAGCCCAUCGCUGAUCCAGUUCACCACGCCCGCGUUUGAGACGGAAACUGAGAUCACGGGCCAUAUUGUAGCCCACCUGAACGUUUCUGUGAGCCCAUAUUCUGGCGCCCCAACGCCCUCUGAUAUAGACCUCUUCUUAACGCUCCGGUAUAUUUCUCCCGAGGGCAAAGAGGUAUUCUAUACCGGCACAGCUGGUGACCCGGUUCCGCUGUGCAAGGGUUGGCUGCGAGUAAGCCUGCGCAAAGUGAGCGACCAGCAUGCGCGGCACAGACCUUACCUCCCGCAUCGGGACUAUUACUCGACGGAUGUGCUUCCCGUCAUUCCGGGAGAGGUGUACCCAGUUGACGUGGAGGUGUGGCCGACAAAUGUUGUUGUUGAGAAGGGGGGUAAGAUUGUUCUCGAGGUGGCGUCGGGGGAUACGCAGGGCAGUGGGAUUUUCCUUCACAAUUCGUCUACUGAUAGAUCUCCGGAGAAAUUCCAGGGCCAGAAUCACAUCAAUUUCGGCCAUGGUGAUAACUAUGUUACACUGCCGAUUAUUCCGCCACAGUGA